AGAUUACUAUAUUAUUAUAUAUACAUAUUUAUUAUUUACUGCCUAAUCAGAUUUUCAGUUAUUUUAUUAAUUUUUAGUUAUUAUAGGUACAGUAAUUUAUUUGUAAUACAGUAGUUAAUAUUGUAAAUGUCAGUGUGUUACACCAUUGUUUUAUUUACUAUUAUGGUUAUGUACUUAAAUUUUAAUAAACAAUUUUAGAUAAAAUAUUUAUUAUUUAACUGUAACUUUUCAUUAUUUUAACUAGAGUAAUAAAUUAUUGACAAAAUAUUUGUACCUACUUAAUAUUGUGUUCUGUACUUUGGUAGAUCGUUGUUCUUGGUACAUAAUUUUUUACACGUUUUUGAAUUGGAAAGUUCAAUAUAUUUAGAAGCAAUUUGUAUUGAAGAUAAGGAAUUUGAAUAUCUACAUCAUAUAUUUUCUUGUAUUAACAAAGUCAGUUUUGAAAUGUCAAAAAGAAACAAGAUUUCGUAUAUCAAACCACGAGAACCAUCAUUUUUGACAAAAUUAAAACAAGAAGCCAACUAUAAGGAAGGACCCUCAGUUGAUACAAAAAAAAUUGAACUUCCAACUUAUGAAGACGAUGAAUCAUAUGAUGAUGACAACCCUACUGUGGUUGUAUUAACUGAAGGUGAUUUAACUUCUGAAGAAGCAUCUAAAGAGACAUUAGCCAAAGAAAUAGAAGAAAACAGUAAACCAGCAGAUUUGUCUAAGCGUAUAAUCUUCAAACGCCCAGCUAAAACUACACCACAAUCUGAAGAAAAGCAUAGAGUGAAUAAAAAGAAAAAACGAACAGAAAAAUUAGUUCUAUCUUUUGAUGAUGAAGAAGAGUAUUCUUAAAUCUGGAUACUACAAAAUUACUUUUUGUUUAUCAAGCCAUGGUUGAGUGAUAGCUGAUUGCAAUGGUAACUUUUUAAAAUAAACAUCUAUUAUUGUAUAUGAUAUAGAUUUAUUUUAAUAAAGCAUGUACAUAUAUUAUAAUGUCAUAUACUUUUAUAAUAAAAAUUACUUAUUUGACUGCCACAUUAAUUUUGUAAACUUACAUAGUCUCCAACAUUUUUUGCCAAAAUGCCAAUUAGAUUCAGUAAAAUAUUUAAGGUUAAAUUUAUUUUAAGUUUAUUUAAAUUUUGUAUAUAACUCGAAAAAUGUUACCUAAUUGACCAUAUUAUUAUAAAAUCUAUCCCAAUUAUUAAUAUAAAUAAACAAUAUUAUUUCUUUGG